UAAUAUACGCACUCUGGAAGUCAUAAACAGUUUUGUCGUGAACGUUAACAGUCCCUGUUAACUGAUCAGUCACUGAUCUGGAUUACUUCAAUAAACUUUAUUGGCAGCUAUAUUGUCCAUUAUGUACACGACUCAAUUGUUUAUCAUCUCUGUCGCGAUUAUUAUCGUACAUAAUAACGUACUUGCAGAAGAUAACCCAGAAGAAUGUGAGACUUUGCCUUCUGAAUUGCAUAUCAUUAAAGAGGAAUUUGACGAACUUGGACGGCUUCAGAGGACAUGCAAUGGUGACAUAGCAGUGAACAAGUGUGAAGGAGCGUGCAAUUCACAAGUACAACCUAGUGUCAUUACUCCUAGUGGAUUUUUAAAAGAAUGUUAUUGUUGUCGUGAAACAUUUUUGAGAGAGAGAGUGAUCGCUCUUACACAUUGCUACGAUCCCGAUGGCGUAAGAUUGACAAGUGAUAAACUGGCCACGUUGGAAGUAAAACUAAAAGAACCAGCGGACUGCAAAUGUUUUAAAUGCGGAGAUUUUUCUGGAUAAAAUAUGUUUUAAAAUCCAUAU